GUAACACUAACAGUUUCUGACAGUAAAAAGCACGACGUAUUCAGCGUAGCUGAAGUAUUUUACAAAAUGUAGGUUAGUGCUUUCUUUGGUGGAAUGGAAUGAAAGAACAUUUUCUUGCUACUGCACUGACAACUAUGUGUGGCUCUUGAUUCUCGCGUUGGAUCUCAAGUCAUGGCUGAGGCCAUCAAUGAUAUGUUGCACUCCCCUCUUCCAGGCGGUGAUGCCGAAGCAACUAGCACACCCGAACGAGCGCUUCAAUUGCCUCAAACGCCAUUCUUGCAGCCCGUCACACCAGACGGAGCUUCGUGUUCAAGUCGAGAGCAAGAAGCUGUCGCGGAAAUCUCUGCAGUGGCGGACGACGACGAGGAGUUCGACCUAACGCCGCGUAGCCUGGAGGCAGCUCAGGAGCGCUUCCCAUCCAUGGCGCACCGAGAAGGCGUAGGCUGCCGUGCUGACGACUGGUGGAAUUAUGCUCCGACCAGACCCCUGCAAGGCCGACCAACCCACACCAGCCCUCUCUUCGAGCAGCAACGUGUCGACACCGAAGAUAUACAUUUCAGAUCGGUUCUUGCAGUGCAAGCGGACAACGAGAGAGCAGUCAGGUCGGCGUUGGGAACCGAGGACUCAGAGCUAGUCGACUCGCGACUUCAAGACUAUAGAACAGAUUCGGAGCAAACUGUGAGCGCUAACGACGACCAUCGGGAACGUGAAACGUUCGAUCGCACUGCACUAGGCAUCCCUCAAUCGGCCGGAGAGAGCACAGGUGACUACGGAGAGUCCACGGAUGGAUCGAGGCUGAGCGGGAACGAUGGCGAAUCAACCAGUACAAGUAUUGCUGAUGAAACACCACGUCCACUGUUUCCCGACCAAGAUAAUCUAUGGGGCGGCAAAAAUCCGUGUAGACCGGAGUUUGUGGAGAUUCACCAUCGCCUGCCCAGCUACUUAUGGCAGCAGCGUCGUGCCUACAAGGCAUCUAUCUCACAGCGAGCGGGUGACAACUGGAAGGACGGUUGGGACGAGGCCGAGGGCUCUUUCAUGCUGGCAUUGCAGCUGCUUUCAGAAUUGGAUUUGGAGUCGCCAGAAGAUGCGCAGACCGUUGCCUCCGUCAUUAUGACAUGCUGUUUGCAGCAAGACGACUUGUUCGGUGGAUUUCUUCUGGAACACGUGUAUAGACUCCGGUACAUGCUGGAGAGAAUCAAGCCGCACCUGGGAAAAUGCAAGGAGUACCACGACCCAGCACUGACGAUCUUCAGCAUGUUGCAAAAGCCUCUGUUGGCACUGAACGUGAAGGAAUGCGCAGAGUUCUCGUAUGGCCUGGUGCAGCUCAUCAACACCGCCGCUGGGUUUUUGUCGUGCGGUGAAGACACCAUCAUGCUGGCUAUCACGCUACUCUUGUGCAAGUGGGCAACUGCUGCAGGCUGGCCUAGCACACAUGACGCUGUUCGUGACCUGUAUCUGUACCAGCCAGCACCGUACCCGCUGCAUGAAGCAGCCAUGGAGACCAGCUACGCCACCCUCCUGCUGAUGGAUACCUGGGAUCCGUGCAGCCCUUCCAAACCCAACGUGUUCAUUCGCGAGACCCUUGUUAUCCUCGCAGAUAAGGAUAUGUGUCGUCAGCAGAUAGCGUGCUCUGACCGUGUCAAGGACUUGAUACCCGCACUGGCCUCUUUUGAGCCGGACACAAGGGAAUACCAGGAGGUCCUCUCGCUCAUAAGCAGACUGCUGAUGUAUGAAGACGAUGAGAUCAAGGCGGUGGGCAUGUUUGCUACUCGUGAGAGCCUGCAACUACUCCGUCUGGAACUCGAGCGAACUGUUGUUCCCAAGUCAGUCAAAUUCUUGCUAUCAAUGAGAAAUGAACUCGUACACAUUAUUCUGAUGAUUGCCAGCCUCUGCCCAAGUGCACCAUUUGUGUCAAGUGGACUCCUUGAAGACCUGUGUCUUUUGGCUACGUUUACCGAAGUUAAAAGCAACCGUCCGCUGGUGCACAAGCUGGAGUUCCGUGAGUACCAUGACGAUGACGACUUCCUUCACGCCGACGUGACUUUGAAAGGCACGCUGAUGAUGCUGAUGUCGGUGGUGAACACAACACCUGCCGUUAUCGAUGUAAUGAAGCACCAGUUCGUCAUGACUUCACUACUCUUCUAUGUUGCCGACAAGCCUCUGCCGAGUUUCCCGUUCUCGCCUGGAAACUUCGUCCAGCUGCAGCUCUAUGCUAUGACGGCACUUCUGCACAUUGCACCCAAAAUGCUACCAUCAUUCAUUGAGGAGCAGGGAGCUAACCGCCUUGUUAUGCUCCUGGAGCACCUCUGUUCAGAACGGUGCUUCAUCGCAGAAGAUGCCAACGGUACUCUGAUCCGAGCAGCACUGAGCUGUGAGCAGCAGAUGUCAUUGCUGGAGGCGACCUUUCAGAUUCUGUAUGCGCUGAUUCGCCAGGACGACGAGCAAGGCGCAUUCCGUAGCGAUCUCAUCGCACAAGGAGCUGUUCACCAAGUCCGAACAUUCGUCGUUGAGGUUCUCACUAAGGUCUUCAUCCGGCGCAUGUCACGCACCGGUAUACACGAGGCGGACGUGUCGGCGCGACUUCACUCAGCCGUCCACCUGGCCACGCAGCUACUCAAUCUGCUGCACUGUGAUACGCACCCUCAGUAUGAUGCCAACGACGCGGCCAGCUUUGACUAUCUGAAGGUCAUCCUGGAGAUGAUGAGCGGUGCCAAGGAAGGCGUCUGGGUGGACGUGAGGACGGCCGAUGAAGCCAUUCCCAUAGCCGUGCUCGAAUCCAUACAGCGCAAUGUAGUGAACAACGCUGCGUGCGAGGAGCGUGUGUUUGCGCUGGGCCUCGUCCGUCAACUUCUCGACAUUCUGAAUAUGUCGCACCCGGGCAACUUCCAGGACACUCUGAUCACCGUGCUGUCGGACUUGGCCGACAACGGAGAGCAAAUCCCUCAGUUCAAAACGUGGACGGCCAGGAGAAAGCGCCGAAGCAGCACGGACAAGUCGCCUGGCAACGGCCGUAAGAGCACGGCGGAGAAAGAAAGACCAGUGAAUGUUUUCACGAUGAUGGCACGUCUGUGGCGAGAGGCUGAGGAGAGAGCGGAGGUAACCAGAGGGACCAGUGGAGAGAUACUCGACUGCAAAGCGCCACUGCUGACAAAAGAUGAGAUCACCACUCGCCGUGCUGGACAGCAGCCCGAUAGGCCCGCAACUAGCUACGAUCUGAUCAGCCACAUCCGCCGCUACCCAUCCGUUCAGGAGGUGGACAAGACCCAGCGACCUGCCAUUGCAAACAUCGUGCACAAAGCGGGUCCCGUUCCCGGACACGUAGGAGGAAAAGAUCGUGUUACCAUGACUACGAUUCAUAUCUACCUUGACAUGAAGUGUAUGGAAGUUAUCCAAGAUACAAUCGAUGACUUGGAUCGGCGCAGCAUUCCUGUACCGGACAUGUGGAUGCAAUGGCUGGAUGAGUGUUUGGUGUACGCCGCCAAACGUGCCAGAGCUGCAACUGAACUGCAGAUGCACUAUGCGAAUGCAGACACGGAACGGGAGUUAUCCGAGGAAGCGCAAUACUUCCAACAGCGACUUGGCUGGAACAAACUAGAGAAGCUUGUGGAGGAAGAGAAGGAGAAGCAGCGACUGCUGACGUCCAACCUUGCCGCUUUGAAGGCGGCCAGUGGUCGUCGUCGUGAGUUGGCAGCGGAAGCACGGAGACGCAAUCCAAGACCAACAGAUGGAGUGUUCCAUGAUGUCACUCUGCCCAACCUCCGAACAAAGUAUACUGGUGGUCAAGUGGCUAUUGAAGCCACGCCAUCGAUUCUCCUGUCAAUCCGUGAAUCAGCUAACACGGAGGCACGCCAUCGGCUGGAGAAGACCGUCACGCACUUCCGAAACGACCGUGAAUAUCAAGCCACAUUGGACCUAGCUGCUGCUCCUCGACAGCGCACGCCAUAAACACCAGGAUGCAUGUGCGUGAUCCUUCUUGAGUGCCGUCUCUAAGACUCGUGGAGUGUACUGCCAGGCGAAAGCACCAGCUAGAUUCAGUGCGAAGAAAACUUGAGAAACCGCUACACUGCAAUGCAGUAUGCUUGAGCUCGAUAGUAUCUCUUCUAUUGCAACGAUGUCGUGCCAUUGCGUAUCAUGUUUGUUGGCAGCGUACUGUCUGAUCGCCAACAGUGAAUACUUGAUGUGUCCGCAUUGAAGAUCCCUCAGCUGCACAGUGCCAUGCACGGGCACAAGCCGGUAAAUGAAUGCAAGGCGAAGUGCGUGUGCUGCUGCUGCACUGCCCGCUGUUACUCGCGGCUUUGAAGUACAUGUACCGUGCUGGGUGUAGGUGUGGGAGAGGCCUAUACUCUGGCAUCAUAACAACGGCGGUGGGCAUAUUGUCUUGCAGGGAAUCGUAUACUGAACGGCUGCAUGAACAAUUGAACAUGUACUCGAAGUACAUGGUUGAACAACUUAGAAGCAACUAUUGCCUGUCUUUUUUUCUUUCUUUUUUACCGGAUUUUAAUCGUUUUAUUACACUGUAGACAAAAUGAAUGAAAAACGUAAAAUGUUUGGCACCUAUGAUCAGGGGAUGGCCCACGCCUGGUAAAAAUUGCCUGUCUUUAGUGUUUUACCAAGUGAAACUCUGACUGUAUGGAAAGGAGGGGUUUAGACCUCCUCCUGCUUCCUACCGUCAGAAUGUAUUGCGGCCAAAAAAACAUUAUACCUUUUAUAUGUUUACAUCGAUUUCGACAAUAGUGCACAUUCUAAUGAAUACUUGUA